UAAUGUUAGCUAGUUUAUAACUCGAGUCAUUUUUAGAUGAUCCAUUGUCAUUCUUGCUGACGCCCUUCGGAGUGGGUGUCUGUAGAGAGAAAUACGUAAAAUGGCUGGUGUCGUCUAUCAUCCUCUACUCUGAAAUCUGCAAUGUCGUAUUGAUGAUUUAUCUAUAUAGCGGCAGUGAUCCUAUUCGCUUCAAACGUUUCAUUUCUUUGAUCCUUCUGCAACCAGUGGGGAUUGGUGGUACCUGGAUACUUCUCAAAUAUUUCGAAAAAUUCAAGUCAUUUCCUGAACUCAUUCAAACUUUUUGUUGGACCUGGGACUCGACAAGAAGGGAGAUAUUUGAUGAAAUUCAACGAGAAUACAAAUUCAUUCCACUAAAAAUGAAGAUCUUCUUGGUGAUAUCUUUAUUGUGCACCCCAGUUUAUUUGUUUUACUUCGAAUACACUUAUGAACUAGUACUGGACACAGCAAAAAAUAAAUGUGGCAGAGCAGGAGUAGUGCUUUGUAUUCUAUAUUACUUAGUAAUUAUUGAAGAAGCUUAUGCAGCUGCCUGUAUUGUGCUCGUAGGCAUGUAUGUUUCAGUCCAUAUUAAGUUUCAACUGCGUUUGUUGGCUGAUUAUGUCGAGACGAUAAUAAACACUGGGAAUAAUGGUAAUUAUGAAGAAUUCAAUCAGGGGCUUAUUUACCAAAAGCUGAAAGUAUGCGUUGAACAACAUAUCAGGAUUAAACAAUUGGGCGAAUCAUUAUUUUCGAUUGAGUGGUCGGUAGUCACAUUCGCACUUGGAGGUGUUGCACAUCAUGCAGGGAUGAUAUGGUUAACGAUAAUGGAACAUAAAAUAUUUCCAAUCAUAAUGUUGAUAAUUGGAACACUAGUUGGUUUUGCCUAUGGAUUCACUCUAUUUCAUUAUGGUCAAAAUAUAAAGAAUGAGUCAACAAAUUUCUACAAUAAGGUAUGUUCCUGUCAGUGGAACGAAUUCAGUAAAGAAAACAGAAUGGCAUUGCAGAUGAUAAUGAUUAAUAGCGCAGAAGCAAUGAGCUUGAGUAGUUUCGGUUUGGUAGAGUUGGACUACGUCUUGGCUACCAGAGUAUAUCGAACUGUUUACACAUUUGUGACUUUGUUGAUGAAUCUCAAAUGAAGAGACAGACAUGUUUUUGAUAUUUCAGUACAGCACCUCCUUAUUCGAUGUUACCUAUAUCUCACAAUCUUCAAGAACAACUUGAGGUAGGUUGAUUUCCUUGUGUAGUAGGCAGCGUAUGUAUUAUCUGAAUCAUC